UUCCUCAAACUGCCCAGUGCUGUUUUGCAAGUUGUAAAAAAAAGGAGAGCAUUUCUCUUUCUGCUCCAGGGCGCAAGCAGCGCACCUCCUUCGAAAACUUGUGUGCUCCCAAGCAAACUGCUCCAGUCUUAUCAUCAUGACGCAGCUGCAGUUUAAAGAUAACUUCUGGUGCAAAGAAUUCACUAUUCACGCUGGAUACGAUGCACUUCUACAGCGAUUGCUCGACGGGAGGAAGAUGUGUAAGGAUGUGGAGGACUUAAUCAAACAGAGGGCACAAGCAGAAGAACGGUAUGGGAAGGAGCUGGUGCAGAUUGCUCGAAAAGCGGGAGGUCAAACGGAAAUCAACACCCUGAAGGCUUCAUUUGAAACUCUAAAGCAACAAAUCGAAAGUGUUGGAAACUCUCACAUCCAGCUGGCCACAAUGCUGAGGGACGAGCUGAAAGGCCUGGAAGAGUUCCGAGAAAGACAAAAGGAGCAACGGAAAAAAUACGAAAGUACCAUGGACAAAAUACACAAAAACAAGCUUUUGAUGUACAAGAAAACCAUGGAGUCCAAGAAGACGUACGAGCAGAGGUGCAAAGACGCGGAUGAGGCUGAGCAAGCCUUCGAACGGAUCAGCGCCGUGGGCAACCAGAAGCAAACGGAAAAGAGCCAGACCAAAGCAAAGCAAUGCAAAGAAGCCGCAAAUGAAGCAGAAAGAGUAUACAAACAGAACAUAGAGUUGCUGGAUGCAGCGAGGGUUUCGUGGGAGCAAGAGCACAUCAGCACGUGUGAGGCUUUCCAGCUCCAGGAAUGUGACCGGAUUACAAUUCUGCGGAAUUCUCUGUGGGUUCAUUGCAAUCAGCUUUCCAUGCAGUGUGUGAAAGAUGAUGAGGUAUAUGAAGAGAUUCGACUGAGCUUGGAGAAAUGCGACGUGGAAUCAGAUAUGAACUACUUCGUUCAGAGCAAGACGACCGGAACGGAGCCGCCAGUUGCAAUCGGAUAUGAGAACUAUUACGAAAGAGUAACUCCAACUAAAAACUGCAGCAGUCCAAUCCCAACUUGUGGAAUGAUGAAGAGAUUCUCUGGUUUGCUCCAUGGAAACAACCGCAAUGCCACAGACGGCAUUAUUCCUACAGCUCCCCCCCUUGACAAAGCAGACGGUGUUUACGCAGCAGUCCACACGGGCCAGGAUGGAGAAGCUGCUCUUCCCCAGGAGUAUAGAGUCCUCUACGAUUACACAGCUCAGAACGAAGAUGAACUGGAUAUCCGAGCAGGUGAUGUCGUUGUCGUCACCGAAGAAGGCGAAGACGGCUGGUGGACGGCAGAACAGAAAGGACAGCAGGGGUUUGUGCCCGGGUCCUACUUGGAGAAAGUUUGAUGAGAUCAGCACUCUUUGCAUGGCUUGGGUUUUUUAAAUCACUCUCCAACAAAAACACGACCUUUUUACUCUAGGGAAAUGCCUUGGCACUCUUCCCAUUAGCACAGAGCCAGGCGCCAGUUUUGUGCAGCAACAGAAUCAAGUACUUGGCUUGUUGAUCUACAAGGAAAUUCAGGCUUUCUCUGAGCCACAUUUGUGCCUCUACACACUGGCAAGGAUCUUUGGACUGCAAAGGAAUUCUAUAAUCUCUCGAAAGGGGCCGUUGUGAUCAGCUGUUGGCCAAUGGAACCACAACAGGGAGCUACAUUUAACAUUCCAGUUCCCAGCUGUUCGGAGCAGAACAUUCUUCCAGGGGAACAAAAUACUUGGGUCGCUACAGGAUACUACCCCUUCUUCUGGAGCUCAGCCGCUGGGAAUCUGAAAGCAAGAAGCAGGUGGAAGAGCCAAGAAACGAGCAAUCUGUUCCGGAUGCACCCUUCCUUACAACGGGCUCCAUCAGAAUCACUCGUCAAUGCUUUGAACUCGUAAGGGCUAGUUAACACAUUAUCUAAACACUGGCUGAAUACGACACAUGGACAGGGCCUAUGAAAUGUCUGCAGCACAAGGCGUUUUGGGAAUGCCAGUUUGACUGUUUCCUCUGGCCCCCUCAGGAAAACCCCUUGCUGGAAACCAAGCUGAAUUGCAGUUAUGCACGUGAAUCUUCCCUAAGGCUCCAAAGGGUUUGGAUAAUCUGAUUUCCUUCCGACCCAUGCACGCUGAGCUACAAGCAUUUGGCUGUUAGUUGUCUGUAUGGUGAACGGGGCCCUUGCCACCUGACUCAAAAUGCAACUUUCAUCCAAAUUUCAUCCCACCCUUCCCCCAUUCCAUUCUCUCGUUUGGCAUUUAAGGGACAAAAGUAGGGGGGGGGGGGCUUUUCUUGCUGGCCCACUAACAGAUUAUGAGAAAAAAACAAACUGGAGGAAAAAAUGUAGUCUUAUGAUGCCGUUUUUGCAUACGUUAAUUCCUAAUUUGGCUGUACAUAUUACAGAAUAAAACCUCUAUUAAC